CCCCAGCUGCUGAUUUCGUCAAAGGAGGCUAUUGAUGGGCUGCAACUGAAAGUUCCAGCUGAUGCGCUACAAAGGUUUGAAAAGGUUGGCCUAUAUCUACCUGGAAUUUGCGCUGAUUACGUCCCAAAAGCUAUCGACGAAUUUGACAGUAGCGAUUUUGAAGGUAUUGAGAUCGAUGGUCCUAUCGGUUUGAACAUGUCGGCUCUGGAAGCUGCCGGAGUGAAUCUGACCGCACUCGCUGAGAAGUUGCGAAAUGACACCGAGGUGGACGACAUCCUCAGCAGAACAAACGCCUCUAUCAAAACGCUGGGUGGAUCGUUCAUCCUUCCUGUGCUGAACAAGAACCAAUACGAUCCUUUUUCGGCUCCCAUUGUCUUCCAGGGAAGCGCCGUUGUUGUUCGAUUUGGUAUUUACAUAGAGUCAAUGUCCAACUUCCAGACGUCAACUAUGGAUUACGACAUGGAUAUCUACCUAUUGAUGGCUUGGAGAGACGCACGUCUAGUAAAUCCUUACGACAAGCCGAUUCUGGUGAAGGAGGAAGAGAUUCUGGAGAAGAUCUGGAGACCGGAUCCCUUCUUUGCAAACGCUAAGGAGGCAGAAUUCCACGAAGUCACCUUCCUCAAUUUUCUCAUGCGCAUAUUUCCCGAUGGAUUGGUGCUCUAUGAAACACGCGUCAAGAUCAAGCCAUCGUGCAAUCUCAUCCUGUGCAAGUAUCCUCACGACAAACAAACCUGUGAUCUCCUCAUCAAGUCCUUGUGUUCUACUACAAACUUUCUGAUUUCAGGAGCCUUUUCAUGUCUUCGCGCUGUGUUCCGCCUCAAAAGAGAUGUCGGAUUUCACAUCGCCCAAACCUACAUUCCAACUUCGUUAGCGCUAAUGUUCUCCUGGGUUGGCGUUUGGCUACCGGAAGAAUUCAUGGAGGGUCGAAUCGGUGUCGCUAUAACAGUUCUGCUCACACUCUCUACGGAAUCAGCUGGUGCACGAGAACAUCUCCCUAGUGUUUCUUAUCUAAAGGCUAUUGAUCUCUGGUUCGGUUUCAUCACCGGAUUCGUGUUUUUCACGCUGCUACAAACAUUAUUUGUGAUCGGCUUCGACAAACGAGCCAACCAAUUGAUAUCUGGACAUCUUCUGCCGUGUCUUCUAUCCGCUCAGUUUUGUCCUGUUUUUAAUUAUGUACUACUUUGUAUUCAC